AUGUUGGGGUGGAUGCUCAAGCGCGGCGGUGACAACGCGCCAGAAUUAGGCGAUAACGACGGAGAUACCACUCAACUCGAACAGCCAGAUACCCCAGCGCCGGUCUUUGCUGCCAGGGCUCUCAAGAGUGCAUUGUUCGGGACGCCUUCGAAACGAACCGAUGAUCGUCGAGGAUCACGGAACAAGACAUUGGCGGGCAAAGUCAAACCUGCAAGUCGACUUGCAUCCGAGACGCCUUUGAAACCCCAGGGCAUCCUUCUCACUCCAGGAACCGGAACGUCCAAGAGGAAGCGUGUCUCCUUUGGUCAAGAUGUCCCAGGAGGUUCCGUGACCGAACUCGGCCGAAUAUCUGAACUGGAGGAGCCCACGGAGGCAUCGGAGCAAACUGCCCCAGACCAAGCCAAUGCAUCAGACGACGAGUGGGAGGAGGAGGAGGAGGAGGAGGAGGAGGAGGAGGGGGAUGGCAAUUCCCGCGACGUAACUGUCGACUUGAACGAACCGCAUUCGCAAUCCGGCCAGUAUUGGAAGGAAGAAUUCCUCAAGUACCACCAGGAGGCAAAAGCUGAAAUGGAGAAAUUGCUCAAGUAUAAGCAACUGGCAAAAUCUUACGCUCAGCAAAAGGACGCGGAAGCGAUUCAACUAGCCGAACGACUCAGGGACGAACAACAAAAGGUGAUCAAGAUGGAGAAGAAGAUUGCAGAAAACGCGACGCAAAUCGUCAGCCAGAGUCAGCAAUCGUCGGCCGAGGAGUCUGCCGAGUUGAUGGGGAAACUUGCGAAACAAUCCACCCUCGCCGCACAGUACCGCCAUCGAGUGCAAGAACUGGAAGUGCAAAUGGAGGAGCUGCGCGUGCAGAGAGACAAUCCGUCGCAUAACGAGACGCCGCGUCGUCGCCUCGCCUCGAUGCCAUCCAUUUCAGCAACCCAAAAGACGUUGACGGAAACCCGGCGAGAACUUCGGCGUGCGCGAUCUCAACUAAAGGAGCUCGACUCGCUGCGAGACGAAGUGUUUUCGCUAAAGAUGCAGCUCAAAAAGGCCGAGCUGAGACUCGUGGUGAACGAAAAGGAGCAAGCACAAGCCGGUAGCGGACCAAGAGCUCAGGAAUUGAGAACCCUGCUCAAGGUAGCCAGGGAGGAAUCGAAGCGGAAAGCGGAAGAGAUUCGGCAGAUUAGAGCAGACUUUGAGAAAUUCAGAACGGAAAGCGAGGCCCAUGACGCUGACACAAGAGCAGUCCUGGAACGCGCACACGCCAAGAUUUCCGAGCUCAAAAAGGAAGUCAAGUCGCUCAAGGCAGCCGGAGCGACGCAAAACAAACCACCCGCAUCGCACCCCAGCAGGGCCGGUCAAGAAGAGGUCAGGGAGACCAAGUCGGACGAGCUCAUCCGCGACACCGCACAGACCGUUGAACGAAGGAGUCUCGAUGGGACCAUGGGGAGAAAGGAGCGCCCUGCAAGAGGGUCACGCACCUUGCGGGAGAAAUUCAAGGAUGACGCGGCAAUCGCCUGGGAUUCGAGGCCCGUUGUGACGGGACAGGGAAUCACCCUUGAGCAGCCCAAGUGGCAGCCGUUUGUGCCUCGAUCACCCAGAAAUCGUGCCUUGGUCUCGGCUAAUCCAGCAAGUCGCCCACCCGGUGAAAAGUCAACGCGCAAGGGAAUCGCGGCUCCUGCACGAGCAAGUCUAUCGAAGACAUGGAGCCGGGACACGGACAAGGCAGGAUCUGAUGGAGAGGACCCCAUAGAUCUUCUAUCCGAUCGAUUUGCUCGUCUCGGUGGUCCCGAGGCGAACAGGCACGUGAACAGUUCCCUGGUGGGCAACACGUCCAAGAGCACGCUACCCCCCGAGAGGCGAGCAGCGGCUCUUGCGCGAAUUGAAAAGCGAAUGGCAGAGAAGAAGAGGCUUCGCAGCCGAAGCGGCGCAUGCGACAAGGAGAAUGUGCGGCCGUAA